AUGGGUUUCAUCUAUUCUCAACUCUUUGUCCGACCGACAUAUCCCACCAGGUCCUUCGAGGGCCAAACGGUGCUCAUCACUGGCUCGAAUGUGGGCCUGGGCCUUGAAGCUGCUCGCCAUGUGGUCCGACUAGGCGCUACACGAGUGAUCCUGGGUGUACGAAAUGUGCCUGCUGGGGAGGCUGCCAAGGAAGAUAUUGAAAAGUCCACCGGUCGCCCUGGAGUAUGCGAAGUAUGGGAGGUCGAUCUGGCUUCCCACAGCUCCACUCUGGCCUUUGGCGAUCGAAUCGCGCAGCUUCCUCGCCUCGAUGCCGCAAUCCUCAAUGCAGCAAUAGCCACUGGAGAUUACCAACAGGCCGAGGGCUACGAACGCUCCAUUACCGUGAACGUGAUCAAUACCCUGCUCCUCGGACUCCUCAUCCUGCCUCGCCUGAAGGCCACUGGACAAGAGUUCCCAACAUCCCAGCCCCGUUUGGCCUUCGUGGUUAGCGAAGUCCAUGCAUGGGUGGAUUUUACCGAAUGGAAAGACACGGAUAAGACUAUGCAGCUCCUGUCGGAUCCCACCAAGGCCAAGAUGAGCGAGCGAUAUCAACUGUCCAAGUUGUUGGAGGUCUUGCUCGUCCAAGAGCUCGCCGGCCGCACGCGAGGCACGGAUGUGAUCAUUACCAUGGUUAAUCCGGGACUUUGUCAUUCGGCUCUCGGCCGUGAUGCGGGCUGGCAACUCGCCGCGUUGAAGCUAGUGUUGGCGCGGACUACCGAAGUAGGAUCGCGCACCCUGGUGGCCGGCAUUUCAACUGGAAUCGAGGGGCAUGGAGCCUAUAUGACGGAUGCCACGGUGGACAAUACUAGCCUGUCGCCAUUCGUCCGCAGUGAAGAGGGACGUUUAGCCCGCGAGAAUAUUUGGAAGGAACUGUCGGCAAUUCUUGAAUCGGUUCGCCCUGGGAUCACGCAGAUUGUUUGA